GUCAAGAACCUCUCAAAAAGCACAAAUCCCCCAACAGGCAACAGGAGACAAUAAAUAAGACUAUUUCAGUUCCUAUGACCUUCUUCCCCCAAUGCAUUGAAAAAUGACAAAGACCAACCUAGGUCACAAUAAAAUCAAAGCUGUCCAUGAUAUUUUACCCAGGUUGGUCGCCAACUCUGACCCCACAAUAACCGCUUCAACCACCCGGAGAUAGCGUCUAAUUACCCGCCAACGUCGCUGCCGACCAAAAACAGCCGCUAUAACCGCAACCCCGACGUCAUCUCACAACGCAGUCCUAUUACCAUAUCACCAUCCGAACCAUCUCAUCACCAAUCUCCCCGCUAGGCAUCUUCUCACCUCGAAAAUAUGGCUCCCCUCACAGACGAAGACUACCACUCCAUCCUCACAACCGAACUCCCCUCCUCCUCCGACCCCAUCCUCCAAAAAUAUCUCUCCAGCCGCACCGCCCUCAUAAACGAAGAGUACAAACAGCGAAGCGUAACUGAAAGACAAAACAAGGCAGACUCCUCCUUUCGACAAGCCCUCUCCCCCAUCGCCAAGGCAGCAUGCCGCAUCGUCGACAGGAUACGAGAUGAAGAGCACCACCAUGUCACAACCACUCCUCUCACCCCCGACGCUAUGAUCAAACCCAAAUCAUGGCAAAUCAUUCAGCGGCUACCAAAAGGCGGUCUCCUCCGCGCCCAGAUGGACGCCCUCGCUUUGGCUAAUGUCGACCACCUCAUCACCCUGGCGCUCGAGACACCAGGGAUGUGUCUGUCAUCCUCGAAUGGAAAUCUCGCUACGGCAGAGGCAAGGGGUGAUACCACGAGAAGAGUCGAAAUCCGGUUCCGAAAGAACGACCAGAAAAGCGAGCAGUCGAUAUGGAGUUCUGACUACGAGAGCGGAACCUUUGUGCCCCUGACCAAUGCGGCGGAUGACUACCCCGAAGGAGGCAGGUCAGGCUUCAGCAAAUGGCUCAAGGCAAGAUGCGGUAUAGUAUCGAGGAGUGAUGACAGCAUCACUACUACGACGCCACAAACCGAAAAAACCGAAAGCUUCUCAUCGGCCGAGGGCCGGGCAGAUUCACGCCUACUCAGGGGCAUGCUCUACUACGAGCCAAUAUUCCGAAAGUUCCUGCGUCAUCUCUUGGUUCAACUAAUGGAGGACGGUCUAUCGUGGUCAGAACUACGGCUUACUUUCCCCCUUGAUUACUACCGCACAGGUUUAGAGUCGCCAGAACCCGACUCUGACCAGUUGUUCGUCGUCAUCGGACAAGAAGCGGCCAGCUAUUGCCGCCAAGCCACAACCACUCCCGACGACCCGGGUCAGCGACCGCCCUUCUGGGGAUUCCGGAUCAUCUGGUCAACCACCCGCAACCAGAAUCAACGGUCGAUCAUUGAGGAUGCGGAUAGUUGCAUCGCGGCCAAAAUGAUCUGGUCUGACCUGGUGGCCGGCUACGACCUCGCCGACACCGACACCGACGCUCUCGGAAGAUCGCUCACGGACAUGCUACCAGAACUCUUCUGGUUCCGAAAGCAGUGCGCACUGGAAGAAGUCGAAAUCCCCUUUUUCUUGGACGCAGGGGGUGGCAUUGAUGGAGCCGGCGAAUGCAACCUCUUCGACGCUCUUUUGCUCGGAACACGGAGGCUCGGAAAUGCUCCGUCGCUCUACAGACACCCGCGCAUGAUGGAGGCUGUUAAGGACAAGAGGAUCCUGGUAGAGAGUUGUCUGGUACCGGGCAAAGACGACAUUUCGAACCACCCGCUCCUGGCCCUCAUCGCUCAGGGUGUCCCGUGUGCCUUGUCACUUGGUGAUGCGAAGGAACAUGCGGGAGAAAGUGCCGGCUUGGGAAUGACACACCAGUUUUGGACAGCACUGCAUGCGUGCGAGUCAUUAGGCCUGGCUGGAAUCGGGUCUCUGGCGGAGAACAGUGUUCGGUGGGCUGCCUUUGAGGACCAGCCUCCUGAGUCAUGGAUACGGGAUAUUCGUGCAGCAAGCGUGGGGUCUGGGCUGAAAGCCAAACGCCUAAAGGAAUGGGCGGUCGAGUGGGAGCGCUUCUGUCUUUGGAUUGUUACUAAGUACGGCGAUGAUUACGGCGAGGGUGGAGAUGGCGACGGCGAUGGUGGUGUCACUGCUUCGGCUAACUAAGGGACUGCCAGUCAAUGUCUUUUAUCUCGAUGCCUGUUGAGAAGAGGGGUGGUUGGCAAGGUUGCUGGGGCAGUGAUUAGCCGCGCUUGUGGUGUGGUUUACGACGAGAGAUUUGAUGACAUCGUGGGCGCUGGUGAUGUGUUUCAUGAGCGUUUGCUUUUGGUGCUGUAACCGUCACAUUGGGCGUGAUAUGUCUAUAUCAUGACGUUGGCGAUGACGGAUGUUUGACUCCUCUAACUUGGCAAUCGGGGCAGAUUUCAUCCCAUGUGCCCCUUAGGCAGCUCCUGUAAUGGAGAAGGAGCACAUCCGGUUGGCUGAUUAAUUAUUCCUUCUGGAAUCGUUUAUUUUCCUCUCUUUGAUGGAAGGAACGAAAUCGAAACAAGCAAACAUGCUGCUUGCACUUCGGCUACUGCCG